AUGGUCCCAAUCUCCUCAAUCCAGUUCACAUGCCUUUGCGGCUCAAUCUCCGAGCCGGGAUCGCUUCUAUCAGAUCAAAACACUCCAGUCUAUGCAGAAAUGUGCUCUAUGUGUUCUGUUCUCACCACUCACUUCAUCGCUGUUACAAAGACGCUCAACAGUCUGCAGCCGUAUAAAAAUUCCGAUGUUGCUACUCGCUAUUUCUGCCCUGCAUGUGGUUGCUUCUGUGUCUUUUACACUGCUCCGCUAGAUACGUGGUAUUUUAUAAGCAGGGCUAUUGAACAUAAUCCUGCCAUAAAGCUGGAUGUCCCAGGAGAACCGAACAAUAUUUUCAUGGUCAUGCGCUAUGCUCACAUCCUCGACACUAAAGACGGCGGACUGGCUCCGUUUUUGCUUCAGCUGGGUGAUCGAGCUGCUCCUACCUGGGCCGGUAUUCCAGAGCCCAUUUCUGCUCCUCAGAACUCAUAUGAUCUUCCGCAUACCAAUAUUCUUUCUAUGAUCAGUGCAUCCCCCGAAAAUUAUACCCAACAGCCUGAUAAGGACUCAUAUCCGACAGCUAGCUGCCAUUGCGGCGGUGUCGCCCUAUUAAUACAGUGCGCAAACCAUACAGCUAAAGACUCAAGUUGUCACAACUAUUCCGACCCAGCGAAAUAUCCCACAUAUCUCUGUGCGUGUCGUUUUUGCCGUCUUUCAACAGGCAUAUCACUAUUUCCAUGGACACCUGUGAAUGCCGGAAAUGUAUUCAACAUGAAGAAGACUAGUGUAUCGCCUGAUAAUACUACCCCAGACAGCUUAAUUCCAGCCACUUUCAGCUUCGCCGCUUCAAGCUCCAACUCUAACCCCGAGCUUUCCUUGAAAUACUACUGGUCUUCACCCAAUACAUGUCGAAGCUUCUGUGCCAACUGCGGCGCAACAACAUCUUACUGGUGCGCUCAACGUCCAGAUGAGUUGGAUAUAGCUGUUGGUAUUCUCAGGAGCGAGGAUGGUAGUCUGGCAAGAAAAUUGCUUGGCUGGGAAUGGGGGAGGCUCCUGACUUGA